ACUCCCAACUCAGUGCUCCUUUAAUAACCACUCUUUGGUAAUUCUCCUUAACAGGGGUUCCUGGCAAGUCAGUUCUCCCUCAGGCCUUCGGUUUCCUCACCUACAAGAUGAGAGGGCUGGACCAGAUGGAAAUUCGGGGGGGUCCAUAGCUCCUGCUGGCUGAGGUCUUUGGACACAGCGCACUUGGUGCGCAGCCCGAGCAGGCUGCCGAUGGAGAUGCCGAUGAGCUUCUGGAGCUGCCGGCACUGCUGCAGCGCCCGGCUGGCCGCGCGGCCCCUGCGCCUCCCUCCGCGGCUGCCGCAUCACCCCGCCACCGCCUCCUUCUUCUCUCCCAUCGCCGCGGCGCACAGCGCCGCUCUAUGCAGGUCGCGGCAGCCGAGGCAGGGAGCCCGGGGCGCGGGCGCCUUAGCAAGAAACCCCCGAGCCGGGAGAGCCGGACCAGGAGUGCCCCUUGCCGCUGCUCCAGCCAGGAGGCCGGUAGAGCUGGCAGCCCAGUCUGCCGCUCCCACCCUCAGAGCCGUGGCGGCGGGGACAAAAAGCCGCGACUGCAAAAAGCCGCGACUGCAAAAAGCCGCGGCGGCGGGGGGCAAAAACCCGCGAAAAGCGGCGGCGGCGGCAAAAAGCCGCGGAGCGGCGGGGAUAAAAAGCCGCGGAGGCGGGGGGGGGGGAGCGGCGGGGAAAAAGCCGCGGAGGCGGGGGGGGGGGGAAGCGGCGGGGACAAAAAGCCGCGGAGGCGGGGGCAGAAAGCCGGGAAAAACGGCGGCAGCGGGGGCGAAAAAGGGCGGCGGCGGGGGACAAAAUGCCGCGGCGGCGGGGUGCAAAAAGCCGGGAAAAGCGGCGGCGGCGGGGACAAAAAGCCGCAGCGGUGGGGGACAAGCCGCGGCAGCGUGGGUGUAAAAACCCGCGAAAAGCGGCGGCGGUGGGGGCAAAAAGCCACGGCGGCGGGGGAAAAAAGCCGCAAAAAGACAGGGCGCCAAAAAGCCGCGGCGGCGGGGACAAAAAGCCGCAAAAAGACACGGCGGCUGCGGCAAAAAUCCGCGGCGGAGGGGGCAAAAAGCUGUGGCGGCAAAAGCUGCGGCGAUGGGCGUAAAAAGCCGCGGCGGCGGGGAGCAAAAAGCCGAGGCGGCCGGGGCAAAAAGCCGCGACGACGGGCAAAAACGCGGCGGCGGUAA